AUGUCUAACCAACGAAUCAAGCUCAAUCUGCACAAGUACAGCACGGCUGGAGUCCAGCAAUACAGCAUUGACAAGAUAUCGGACGAUGAGGACGACUACGAGGACCAGUCAUCUAGUAAGCGGUUAUUUCCAAUUAAAAAAACCAGUCCUUUUUCAGUCUCAGCUUCGGACGACGACUUCUCGGAGUCCGAAUCUGAAAGUUAUCAGGAUACGACGGGUUCAACGGGUCCAUCGGAAGCAACGACCGACGAAAUGCUGUGGGGCAGGUGAGUUGUAAGACCACUUUCUCAUUCGCUUCUCAAUCUUGUGUGAGAGUUUCGGCAUACUUUCGGGUGUUUAGUGUCACACUUUGUUUUUUCUCUCUUGCUCCUAAUCAUUUCCAUUCAUUUCGCAUACAUUUCCCUUCUCUUUCUCAACGUUUUCCUUACUUGGCUUUAUUUUGCCUUCUGUAGAUUGUUGGUCACUAUGAUUUCUCCAGGUUUUGAAUUCUUCAUGAGUGAAACGAUCUAUUUGUAGAACGUAGUGUGCAAACGCGCUCCAUUGCACACAUUCAAACGGUAUGUGACCGCGGGGAACGAGGGACCCGAAAGGGUUGUGAGAGAAAAGAGGGUUCCAGAGAAAGGAUGCGUUGAUGGGACCAACAAUAUAGGGGACCCCGACGUUUUGCAACCCGCUAUUUUGAUACCGUGACGUUUCGAUACAAACGUGAACUACUUCGCGAUAAUUUGCACUGUUAAAACUCACGUGGGCGUCGAAAUGUCGCGCGUUCGAAACGUCGGGGUCCCCAAUAUAGGGGAUGUUAUUAGGGAAAAAGGCCGGAUUGUUUGUCAUAUUUGUGAACAGCUUGAAACCCCUCAAUCGUAUUGGAAACAUGCAUUUAAUGAAAGAUAAGCGAAUGAGUCCAGUCGGUAGCUAUUUGCCCUAAUUGGAUCAGUACACAUCAGAAAUGAUCAACAUCUCGGCCAUUUUUUUUGCAAUUGACACCACUUGACUCAACCUUUCUGUUGAAAUGAGAACGGCAAACAGAAGAAAAGUAACACCUCCGGCUGGUUACUGUGUCGCUGACAUGACCUGAUCCACUUGAAAUGGGCACUGUGGCGGCUUUGAAAUGUUUACCCCAAAGAUAUUUGCUUCUUUUCACAUUUCUUCGUUUCACAUCAUGAAUCUGUCAGCAAAGCCCUUUUUGUCGCAGGUGAAAUCUCUCUGGUCAUGGUUACAGUGGAAAUCCAUCAGUCCCUCUCCGGGCCGCCUACCUGCCUCUUUUUUUUAGUUUUGCAGAAUUCUCAAAAGCCAGGUGGUUAUUACUGUGACGCAUAGCCACAUCAGCAUAUAAUUUCUGCCUCGAUAACAAUGAUUCCCGCCGUCAAUUGUACGUUCUCAAUGGUUUUUCAUCUCGAAAACGACGACGCGCCUGUUCAGAAUUCCUCUUUGCUUGCGCGAAUAUUUGUCCGAUGAAUAUACACUUUCAAAAGGGAAGGUGAUUCAGCAUCCAAUUAGACGUACUCCCUAACAAGCUUUGUUUUCGAGUUCCCCUCAUAAGCUCAAUUUCCUUUUUUUGCAUAGGUUAGUCCCUACUCGUCCUUUUGUAUUAAGAUCACCCCUACUUUUUAUUUCCUCCCCGGUAGCCCGUGUCUUCUGGCAAUUACGCAAGACUUUAAAAGUUACGUGGUCCUCCAAUGCUCAUCGACACUCUCCUAAUUUGUCCACGCAAUAGGUUCGAAACACCCAGUCGACGGUUGCGUAAUGAGGAAGUCAUAGGCCAGCAAUACAUCCAACCUGUCGCUUUUCUGCUAAUUUACACGUAACUGACAUCAUACCUCGACGACUUUUUUCCGUUUGAGAACGUUUAUGUGCUAAGCGUGUCGGUGGCAUAAUAUUGAACAGAGCCAAUUUUAGGUUGACCACAGUGAUCAAAGAAAACUGCCGCACCCAACGGCCGCGGACCGUCGGUAUCCGCAAAGGAGCCCAUUUUUCUUGACUAGGGCAUUAUCAUGUCCAUAACAGGCUACAAUAAGGCAGAAGGGUACACUGGCAGAUUUUGGUCCGAGCGAGGACGCGGAAAACAGCGGUAGACUGGCUGAUUGGUAGUUUCUCCUCAAUGCUACCGACAAUAGUUGAAAUGAAAAGAACUACGAAAAUGGAAAUAGAAAUUAGGUCUGAAUUUUUAUUGGUGACACCCGACCGCAGGACCAACGCAAUUCGGAAACCGAUCACUUACUAAUCUCCCAAUUAGUGUCGAAUAGACGAUUCCGUUCACGGAGCUCCUGUUUCACUGAGGUUCCCAGAAUUGCGCAAAUACCCAUGCUUAAAUUAGUGGUUGUCAUAUGGUGCAUGUCCAAACAAAUCAGUUUGCCUCGCCAAUUAGACCGUUCGUUUUCGCCAUCGGUAGUCAUCUGCCACGUGUACCCUUCUCGAUGGACUGUCCGUUCUCGCUGUCGUGUGGACGACACCGGGCGGAGCAGCAGACUCCGCCUCUCCCGGACGAGCUACUCUGCCGCUAUUAUGGGAACUCUUUCAUUUGUGUGUUGUGUUUUUUGUCGUGAUCACCCGCUCCUCCCUUCCACUUACUGAGUUUCAAUUUCUGUGUCUAAUAUAAUCCCGGUUUCAAGAUGACUGCGGUUUCUAAAGCAAAUCCGAUGAGCUUCGAAGCUCUCAUGUGAGUUGAGAAAUGAGAAUGAGAAGUAGACUGUCAAACAACAAGUCUUCAGCAGUUUUUAGGUUCAAUUUCAAAAAUCAUUAAACUUUUAUUUUUCAGGAGGCGUGCUCCAGUCUGCGGCGUAGCUGCCCACUCGGUCCGUCGUCAGAUUUUGAUGAACGGUCCCCGUGAGCCGAUUGUCCUCGGCAACAACAAACAAGUAUUCCAAUCCUACGUUCCGAAACCAAAGAUGGGUGCCGACCGGGAGAACAGAGAGCUUUACUCGAAGAUCCACAGAGGAGAGGACAGUUCUUUCCGCCCGCAUUCCAGAUACAACUCGCUGAGAAAGCCGAGAUUAACACAUGGAUCCAGCGAUCUCUCUGCAAUUGAGGUACGUCGAGGGGGCUACUGUAACGCCCACUUUUAGGCUUUUUUGUCUGUAGAUCAUCAAAAUUUGAAUUUCUGCAUACCAAGUGUGGGAAAAAUGUGUGUUUGACAAUGGGUACUAUUGCGUGGGCCACUUGAAUUGCAAAUAAGCUUUUUUCUUCACAUCCCUACCCAUUUGAAGAAAAGGAAAAGUGUCGAAUUGAGUUAGUUGCGAGGGAAUAAAAUUGAUGAGCGAGAUGAUGGUUAUCUCUGAAUAGUUGCAGGAAAUGUCUCCGAUUCGUUCAUCAACGUAUUCGACAGGCAGCGAAAUGGCAUCGAUGCCGCCGUCGCUGCGGAAGCAAGCUGAAUGGAAGCCUCAACUCACUUCGACCACCACUUCUUUCCAGGUGAGUAGUACGUGCCAAUUGGUAAGGAUUUAAUGAGCUGGAAAAAAACACAAGCCGCACGAGGAUGUGUCCGACAGAACAUGCCUCUAUUGCAGCCACUGAGUCCUAUGGAUAAGGACGACGAGCACUUCAAGGCACCGAUUUCGCCAGUGUUCAGUUCGACUCCCCGUUCGCAGAGACUCUACCGUAAGCACCAGAAGUACGGACGUCAUUUGUCAGCAACGCCAAUGUCGGAAUACCGCAUGAACGGAAUUACUAGCCAGGUAUAUCCAGAUCUUGAACCCACUUUUAAAAUAGACCACAUUUCAGAACUCAGAUAAUCGUGCUGUAACUCCGGAUCCGUGGAUGGAUAACGAUAAUGAGAAUCAGAAUCCACGCAAAAGUCAGCCGAACCCGUCCCAAAUCACUUACAAUCGCCCGGAGACGUUUGGUCUCGACAACGCGUUCGCCAAGCACAAAGACAUACGUGGAAUCGUGUACCUCAGCAUGUCGCUGUGCGGAAGACGUCUCACUCUCAACGUCCAGAAUGCGUUCUACUUCCGCAGCCCCGCUCAGUCUCUGUCCGUGUGCUCGUACAUGAGCGCAGUCCUCUGCCAUCGUUCGCAUUCCUCCUCAAACCCCAGAAAGUACCAUCAGAGACCGGAUGAGGCUUACCGUACUCGUCUGGUGACCAACUCCAACAGCCCGACCUUUGACGAUUGUUUCAAAUUGUAAGUAGAAGGGAAACGGAAACAAGUUUAUCUGAUCGUCAGAUCAUGAUCGGUGUUAAAUCAAACAGUUUUCGGGUGAAGAGAGCAUGCCACACACUCAAAUAAACACAAUCUUUAGUCUUCAUUUUCAGUACUCUUCCGGAAAACUGCUCCCGCGACCUGCUUGUUCUGACCAUCUACGAGAUGGACUCUGGAAAUGCGGAGAAGAAAAAGAUUCUCGGUUGCAUGACGUUCCCUGUGAGCCGCAUUCUGAAAAAGGCCAAUCAACUGAUGGGAAGCUUCGACCGCCGCCAUCCGGACGACAUGGAAGACGUGGAAAUCAACAACGAAGGGUUCUUCUUGCUCAACAAAGAUCAGGGAAGGAAGCAGAAUUUUCCACAGAGAAAGGUUAGUUUUAUUUUGCGUUCGAUUUCAGCGUAGCCAACUCUUCGGAAGAUUCAGGUGCGUCGUCAGACUUACUACGAGGAUCCGGCCUUCACGGGCAUGUCGUCCGCUUCUUCAUCGGUCAUCUCGAAUAGCCAAGGACAGGUGCGGAAUCCCCUUGAACAGUGACGUGGUUGGAGUUGUACUCGCUUUUGUGUUAUCGUUGUCUCUCGUAUAUUGCCCAAUUUUGCUUCGUUGUUGCGUUUUUUAUCAUCGUUUUUUCGUGCAGCGUUAACGGUUUGACCCUCCCGAUCUGGUCGUUGUUGUGGUGUAUUGUUGGACUAACUGAAACUGUGUUCUCCGAAAUCGUUGCGAUUUUGUGAGAAUAUGAAACAGCCAAAUCAAAAUUUAACGCCAGUUUUCUGUGAGAGUCAUUUGUCAAAAAGCUCACGUGUAAACGCCCAAUUUGACGGUGUCAUUCUUUUUUAGAAAAACAGCAAUUUGCAGUGAGACGUGCGCGCGCGCAGUUUUGAUGGAUGCGUGGCUUACUCAAACCUAGUAUUGUCCGAUCGGUGUUCUCAGACAUCUUUGAGUCAUCCUUCGGAGAAUGACGAAAAACUUCUCGAGAAUCAAUCUAAUUCUAGCCCGUUGUACGCGGCGCUUAUCAGCACAGAGUCUCUAUUUCGUGAUAAGUCUCAAUGACCUGCAACUAUCACUUCAUUUUCUGCUUCGUUCUUUCAUUUCUUCAAAUUUAAUAGACGGAAAUUGUGGGCGUUUUUGCUGCCAUUUGCGGUUUUCACUCACACAAUUUCGAAAAUGUUUUGCAUUUCAACUCGGCGAUCAAAGAGUGACCGCCGUUGAUCUCUAUCACUCACGCACUAGUGAUUUUUUGUCCGAUGUGAGCAGAGUUUUGACAAAUGACUGGGCCGCAUCUCAUCUCUGGCGCGGCUAUCGGAUGUCAAGCCGGCCCCUAGGUAUGAAUGAAAAGGAUACAUUUUUUCACAACUUUCGUUUGUAAGAUGACUCAAUAGUUUGAAAAUUUUGCAAGAAAAACCGCGCACGUCCAAGUUUUUGUCCGUGUUACUCUUUUUUUCCUCGUAGAACUUUGACCGUCGGCCAAGGUGACAACGACUAAUCUGGCAAGCUGGUGUACUGCUCGAAAAGAAAUGAGCGAGAGAAGGGGGAUUACGGGCAGCAGAGGUGAUCUACUCAUCCUCGUCUUCUCUGCGCUUCAUGCCCCUCGCACUCCUCGCACAUAUUUGUUUUCCUAACAGAACUGAUUCAAUGUUGAACACUUAUCCGAGAAACCCCAAUGUUUUUUGCCCUCAGUGACCUAUGUUGAAAAGAGGGUUCUUUCUCUCUUCCUAUUUUUUCCACGAACACACACAGUUUUCGUCUGCAAUGCACUGCACCCAUACCACUUCCAAUGCUUGCAACCGUCUAGUUGCGUACUUGACACGUUACACAAAACUGCGAACGAGUACUGUCCGUCAGAGAGGAACAGCCAGUGUUGUCAGUUUUCCCGUCUUCCUCUCACACAUUCGAUUGAUAACUAAGUCAUUUUAAUCUUUUGUUUCGCCUUUUUAUUUUCCAUAGAAGUUGCCAUGUUUUCAACUCUCUUUCCCUCAAUUUUAUUGAAACAUGCUUCUUUUCCGAAAUUCAAAAUGCGGAAUUCCUAGCCUUGAUAAGACAUUCUUUGUCUUUUCCGAUGAACCUAAGAACUACCAUAAUUCAAACUCCGCGCCCGCAUAGUUCAAUGUCAUCAGUGUCGCUGCUCUCACCAUCAACUUUCACUCUUUUUUUCCUGUCUCUCAUUCUUUGCCGCCAUCAUGAGUCAACUCCAUCCGCACUAUAGUCUAUCGGCCCCACAGAAUUCAAAUUCCCUUUAGCUCCCACUACUCAUAACAUUAUUUUUACUUGCAGAUGGCCGCCACUUCGCCUCGCUUGUCGGUUCCCAACGAGCUGACGAUGGGUGAUUACUACCGUUCGUCGAACGACAUGCGCGUCCGGUCCACCAACAAUCUUCUCGACUAUACCUCCGCCUCGUCCAGCACUAAUGGAUCGUGUGCUGCUCCGCCGGAGAAGCUCAAAUUCCACCGAGCCACUCUGCCGAGCAUCACCACUACAACCAGUAAGUUGUUCUUUUUCUUUUUCCGCUUCACCUUCUCAAACAUCAAUUACAACCGUGCACUGUUGCAUGUGCACGCGUGUGCCAUUUCCAGAUUUCAAUUUUCCAUUACUUUUCAUGGCAUACUUGGCAACUAGAAAGAAUAGUGACGUGAGGAAUGGGAUAUUUUAUGUGGAAUUCCGCCUAAAAUUGAACGCAGCUUCAAUGAGCUAGGUUUGCAUGCCAAUAUCCGUCAGUGUUCUCCUCAAAUUGAACUGAAACAUCAGAAUGCUGUUUGUUCUGCCGGGCCCUAGUCUUCUCACAAUCAUCACCGCAUGGCUACCGAAUCGCCGUGGGCAAAGUAGGUUUCUAAUGGUAGCCGAGCACUUUUCCGCCCUCAAAUCACUGUUUGUCAUGUGUUCAUAGUUUACUCGCGAGGUUUGAUGAGUACUCUUAACAGGUGCGAAGCAACAGCCUGUGACGAGACGAAAUGCUGAUUUCAAGAGCUUUCCUCUUUUAUCAUCUGCCAAUCACCGGCAGCUUCAACUACAACUUAAAAUUCAAGGUCAAACACUUUCUGUGACCCAGUUUCCGCGUCUCCCCGAUUACAUGCCUCUUAUGGUAUUAACUUACUCUUAUCAGAAGACUGGCCCUCGCGUGUAUGUAUGGAAACGGUUGGCCGGAGCCUUGUACGAUGAUUGUUUGUAAGACAGACCGCCGGUUACUUUUUUUUUACUGUUCUUUGCAAUGCUUUGAUUUGCAUUUCACUAUUUUGGGAUGGAUGCUAUUCGACCGCCCAAACAACAAUGUGUCGCACAAGAAGAACGUGUGCGGCGCUCUCGCGACCAACUCUCUAUUUUUUCUCCAAAUCAUCAUAUUAACGGUCGUGUCAGUCCCCACAACGACAAAAACGUGUUGCACUGCCAACUCGUUCUAUUAAUUCGUUCGUAUAUAUUCCCCCCUCAUCGCUCCGCUCUUUUCCUCGUUUCUUUUCAUUUCGUCUUCACUAGUAUAUGCUCCCAAUACUGUUUUGUCAGUCGUGCCCCACUGAUAACAGCAUGAGUGACGAAGAGGUUGACACUGUGGAAGAGCAAUCCAAAUUGCAACGACGCGGCAGUUUUAUUCGUCGAACUUGGAAUAGCACGAGCGCGAAAAUGCGUGGCAGAUCGCUGACAUGUGUCGAAGAGCGGGAUGAAUUCAGACGUUUGUCUUUCUCGUUUUCUUAUCAGUUUCCCCUCGCACAUCAACUCCCAAAAUAGCACAGAUCGAAGAGUAUUAGUGAGCGGGAAUAAAGAACUGCACCAUAUUUAUUGACAGACACUCAUUCAACUUUUUCGUUUCAGGCGAGAACAAUUCGGACGACGCAAAGAGUCUGAGUCCAGAAGGCCAGGACCAUCACUAUCUGUGCACGAAUGACAAUGGUGGCGUCUAUGGUGCCGGACCCGCACACAGUGCGAUCAAAAAGGUGAGUUAUUUUCCUCCGAUCUUCCAAGGCCCUUUCUUUCUUCAUUCUUUCUUUCUUAGCCAAGAACCUGGAAACUCCCAUAAAAAACGCAUCCGGUAUUGCAGAGCUCGGUCCGUCGCGCCGCCUCGUUCACCUUUUCGCCGAAGCAGUCGUCAUCGAAGAGCAAUCUGCGUGCAUUGAACGGCCGUGAGGAGGACAGAGAGAAACGCCGUUUUCUGUAAGUUUUUUUCCCACUUUUAGAGCCCGCAUCAUUUUUAUUCAUUUGUCAGUAGCAGCUAUUCGAGCCUAUCUUCUUUUGCACGUCCUUUUCGAACGAAUGCUCGAACGUCCUAGACAUUGCUAAUCAGGCCUCGCUCACUUAAAUGCAAAUGAGGUGUUUCUCAUUUUUUUGUGCGAUGUUGAGAAAAAAGGGAUAGAAGAGUGAUGAGAAGGACAAACGACCGAAGGGUUUAUCGUGGUUUUGGGGGGAACGGGAUCAGAGAUAAGAAAACGGUGUGAAUUUGGUUUAAAACACAGAACAGAAGGAUACCCUUGUACUUUUUGCUCUUUUCUUUUUUCUACGUGUUCAGCAUCAACUUUAAUACACUUCGAGUCGAGACAACGCAAAAAUGCACAAUUGUUUGGGACUAUUGAACCGUGAGAAGGUGAAAAUUAGUGAAGUUUGAUCGCUAGGUCUGGAAUUAUGGGCAACUCUAGUUGGUUGAUGUUUCGACUUUGGUCUACGGGAAGAAAAGGAUCAUCUCCAUAUGAGCUGUACUGAACACAAAAUCAGAAAACCACGUGCAACCAGAACAGAAGAAUUCUCCGAACUUUUGAGAUGGGACAGCCUAAUCCUUUCUACUGGUGUCGUUUUUGCAAAAAAAAAACACUCGAACUCAUAGUCCCAUUCUUCAUCACAGUAAACCCAUUCCUCUUUUCCGAAAAGGCGAGUAGUUUUUUAUAGUUCGGUGUCUUCAAGAAGAACUAAUCCAUUUCCGAAAUUGCCCAACCAGUCGUUCUUUUUAAACAACUCGCGACUCUUCCCACAUCCGGGGGGGGGGGCCUAUAACCCUGUCAGAGUUCCCGCCGCCGCGCCUUUUGCCCUUCCAUCUCAUUUGACUUUAUCCGCCAGUGCACUCAUCCGUCCACGGAACAAACGUACAAACGGGAGAUGUGUCUAUUGUAGGUUUUCCUCUCCUUCUUCCAUUUUUUGCCUUGUUGCCCUUCCCUCCCCCCCUCUCCCCACGCGCUUACGCUUCACGUAUCUGUCGUCUUCUUCCACUACUUCUUGCCUCUUGAGCCGCGUCGCUCAAAAUAUUCCACUAUUGUUGCUCUCCACCUCCUCCUGUUUGGUGGGAGCAAGGGAAGGACAUCCCCUCCCUCUUCAGAAACAAGUUUUUGCCGCUGUCUCCCUUCUUGUCACCGGACGAAAACUCGGAAAAGUGCCUACUCCAAGAAACUUGUGGCCAUCCUCACGCUCUUCCACUAAUCAUUCCAUAGAGCCAAAACAAUCUGUCAUCAAUUAGUCGUCGUCUCAAAUUGGCCGCAAAGUAAAAAAAAGCCACUUCUUCGUGCUUUUUGCCUCUUCCGCUUCUGCGAAAACAUGGAUAUUCGUCGGAAAAUUAGUACUCCUGUUCCCGUCAGCGCCUCGAAGCGAUUCAUCCACAAAUGGGCCUCAGUGCGCGAGAUGGAGUCGCUCGGCAUUUCGCCGCCAUCAUUCUCUCCAAUCUCGCCGUCUCACAGGCAAGCCAAUUUACUCCAUUAAACACACACCUCAAAGGAAGAUUUAAUGACUGAAAACCUCUAGUACUUGCGCGUUCGCUCACACUCACACCUUUCUUUUUUCUUUCUUUUCCCCCCGACUCAGUGUUGCAUCAAGCCAGACUUUUAGUUCCGCACACUCGAACCCCCUGAUUUCUGAGUCUAGAAGAAUAUGUGCAUGGAACUCAAAUUUUAUUAUCAUUAAUUAUGGAGUGUCUCGUUCUCGCAUUCGCAUUCCACUUGCUCUAAUGACUAAGUUUCGCGGGCAUGGCAGGUCCAAGUCUAGGUAAGUUUUUGAAUUUAGGUGUUACCCGAAUGUUUCCAUCAGACAAUUUACAAUCCAGUCGUAAACUAACACGUCGCGCCUAUUUUAUGAUGAUUGUAUCUACACUAGAUUCAAAUUCAAGGAUGGUACACUAAAUACUACAUAGAUUCAAAGUGUGAAAAGUGUCACUUCCGCAUUUCGACGUGUUGAGUCCUGGUCCCUGCCCUGUGCACCUUAAACCUUAUUCACACGACAAAAAUUACGUCGGCGCUCCGAGAUUAUGCAAAUUGAGUGUGCGGCGAAACUGCUUCAAGUUGUCACGUGCAGCGUUCAACUCGUCAUUCGGAAUGUGGUUGUGGGCCAGAAAAGUGUCCACAGAUUGGGCUCCCGAUGAUUGGUAAUUGGUAAUGUGAUGCUGGGUAAGAAGGCGCCGCAUCAGUUAUUCCUCCGGAAAAUAUCAACUUUCUCUCGGGUGCACGCGCGAAUAACUGAACAGGCUCGUUGGCGUCGAGUGCAUGUGAAACGCACAUUGUUGUUCUUUGUGUGAAGAAAGAAGACCAGAACACUAAGGAAUCACUUACGAGAUUAUGUGUCAUUCGCGCGGAGUCAUUAUGAAAAUGUGCUCUUAGUCCAGAUGGGAUUUGUUGUGGGAUUGCUGAACUAUUUCAAAUAUCAGAAGAUCACAUUUCAAUCAGCACAGUCUAGUGGAAAAAAAGAAACCAAUUGGGAGGAUCUUAUCUCAGUUUCUUUCAUUUGUCGGACACUCAUUUCUGGGAAGAAUCGUUAAAUCGAAGGUGCGCGCGAACACGACUCCACCCUACAUAUAGAUAGUCUUUCUGAGAUUCAUUUCUGUAUUCCCUGUAUUCUGUCAGACAUCAUGACUACUGUUUCGUUAUUUGAAUUUCAAUUCGAAAAUGUGAAUCGUCAAGCUAGCAAGCCGCGUCGAUUCAGUAUCACCCCAUCUGACAUCAUCAUUUUGAAAAGACGGUUAGCUCACCACCAGACCCGCCCCAAUCGGUUAGUUUCGGUCAACACACACACACACACAAAAUACUGAUUAUAAACUCGAGUGAUAAGCGAAAAAAUUCCUGUAGUCGCAAGUAUUCCGACUAUGCUAUCCAUCACGUACCCCAUUAUUAUUAAAACUAAUGACAAACUUGUUGCGAAGUUUAGUAAUGAGCACGAAAGCGCAUCAAUUCACAUCUACAGCCAGUAGGCACUCAUGUCAAUACGGAAGCAGUUGAAAAGUUUUCUAUUUUCAGUGGACCGAUUUCGCGUACAUUGUCCUACUUGCGCACUAAGAUGGACCUCGCCCUCUCCACCUCGUCGCUGUACCCAUCUCGCGAUGAGGUCCGUCAGUGGGAAACGUCGUUCGAGUCGUUGCUCAACAACAAAUGUAAGUUGACGUCAUUUUCCAAACAUCACGUUUUGCUAAAUGAUAAUUUUCAGUUGGCUGCGCCCUUUUCCGUCAGUUUUUGAAAAAGGAGUUUUCCGACGAGAACAUGGACUUCUGGCUGGAGUGUGAGGAAUUCAAGAAGAUGAAGGACGGCAAGAAGUCGACGACGCAGAAGGCCAUUGAGAUCUACAGCGAGUUUGUGGCCGAGCACUCGCCAAAAGAGGUGAACUUGGACAGUGAUACCCGUGCCGCCACGAAGGCCGCUGUAGAGGGGGGAUGCAAGCCGGACACGUUUGCUUUGGCUCAGAACCGUGUGGAGCAACUCAUGUCGAAAGACUCGUACAGACGGUUAGUCAAUCGAUAUUUCACAUUUCUCAAUCGACAAUUUUUUUCUCUUUCAGUUUCCUUCGUGAUCGUCUCUUCCUCGAUCUGCUUGAAAGCUACGAGACUGGGGACAAGGAGGACAAGCCGUCGAGCUCAAAAGACAAAAACUGA